AUGUGUUGUAACUACUAUGGCAACUCCUGUGGCUAUGGCUGUGGCUAUGGCUCAGGCUAUGGCUGUGGCUAUGGCUGUGGAUAUGGCUCUGGCUAUGGCUGUGGAUAUGGUUCUGGCUCUGGCUGUGGAUAUGGCUGUGGAUACGGCUUGGGCUAUGGCUGCAGAUAUGGCUCUGGCUAUGGCUGUGGAUACAGCUCUGGCUGUGGCUGUGGAUAUGGCUCUGGCUAUGGCUGUGGAUACGGCUCCGGCUAUGGCUGCAGAUAUGGCUCUGGCUAUGGCUGUGGAUACAGCUCUGGCUGUGGCUGUGGAUAUGGUUCUGGCCGUGGCUGUGGAUAUGGCUCCUACUACAGAUCUGGCUGCUGUGGCUUUGGACCAUCUUGCUAUAGAAGAUGCUAUUCUUGCUGUUAG